AUGGCAAAACUCACGCAGCAUACACCACAAAUUAAUCCAAUCUCCUAUUUUCAACAACAACAACAACCUUCAUCGUCACAACAACAAAAUGUUGGUACAACGCCGGUAGAUCAGGAGGAUGACAGCGAUUGGGAGAACGACGACGAACGUGUUACAAUGAGUGUACGAUCACAACCCCAAACCGAUUCAUUAGAUUGGUUAAAUAGUUUAUUAGCGUCACGCCAACUAGCAUCUGCUAUAGGUACUUCUCCUGCUGUACCAUCACAACAAACACCUCCCACUCAAUUUCAAUCGCAACGUCCAUUUCAAAGACAAAGAGCGCAUCCACGAACAGCUGCCACAUCAUUACCUCAUGACGACGAAGACGAUGAAGAAAAUCGUCCACUAUCUCCACGACGACCAUUAAACAUCUAUCUCAUCGAAGCAGCAAAAGAAGUGAGAGAAGCUGCCAAAAUGUGUCGAAUGGUGGCAGCAGAAGCAAUUAAAAAACUACGGGAGUUGUAA